AUUAAUUAAAAGAAAUGAGAGAAAUAGUGAGUCUUCUUCUUCGUGAAAUCGUCACUCCCUCUCUUCCUCUCCUUUAGUUGACGCCACCUCCCAACCGCCGUUGCGCCGCUCGACUCGCACGACGAAGACCAGCAAGCCUCGCCGUCCGCUAUCUGAAGCUAACAGCCCUCGGGUCUUCGUCGUCCAGCUCGCACGCACCUGCCAUUCGCGACCAAGCAGCCACGAAGAGUGAAGAGUGAAAAGAGAAGAAUUCAAAGAUGAAGAAUGAAAAGAGGAAGCUAAAGAGUCCUAUACAAACCAUGAGGCCUGGCAAGUCUGCUCGAGUUUUUAUCCCAAUGGAGGUGGAGGUUGAUGAAACAGAACGGGUACAGAAGUUGAAGCAUAGAGAAGUGUCUCAAGAGUCUGAAGAAGGUUGUCCAUGGAGGAACUUGGAAUUGAUUUUGCUUGUUCAGAAUAAAGACAUUGACGAACAAAUGAAAGUCGAAGCAGUUUUCAGUUUUGUAAACUUGAAGUUGAAGGAGAAAGAUAAAUAUUAUGAUACGGUAAAAGUAUCGCGCUUGAUAAUUUUUCUCAGUGAUUGGAUUCAUUCAUUGUUGAUUUCGUCGAAAAAGAAUGUAAAGAAGGAUGCUGCAAAACAUAUUGUUUUUGAGCCAUGCUUAGAUUAUAGAUGUUGGGAGGUUUUUAAAUUUUGUUUGGAAGAAUCCGUGAAAACACACACCACUUUGAAUCUCUCAAAAAAUCUUUUGCAUGCCUUCUGUUUUGUUAUAAGGCAUGCAAUAUCCUUGCUAGUUGCUUCGUUGGGUUCAAAAGAAGAGUUAUUUGGUGGGGAUUGUUUCAAGUUGUACAAUAUUGUGCUUGACUGUGUUUCUUUAAUCUUUUCUACCCACUUGGGUCUAUCCAAUGAGAAUUUAGAUGUUUGGAUUUCUAUAAUUGAAGCAGCGGUUGAGUUUCUUCACAUAAUUUAUGUAAAUGGCUUAGAAGGUGGAGAUGUAGGCAUUUUUGCUAUUAAGUUUUCAUGUAUGAUGCUUGAGCCUUUUGGUAAAUUUUUGUGGAUUCACCCUACCAAGAAAACCGGAUUUCACAAUUUUGUCAAUAAGCUUUUGGAACCAUUACUGCAAUUAUUGCAUGACAUAAGCCUUAAACCUGAUGGAUGCAAUCAUUGUUGGACAAGAAAAUUGAUGAAUUUACUUGAAGAAGUUUUAUCCCAUGCUUUGUUUCAUACUGUGCAUAUCGAUGGAUUUUUGUGCUUACAUGGUUCAGAGAAAGUUAUGAAAUCCCAUGAUGAGAAAUUUGAAGAGUCUAAAGCACAUAUUAGGAGCUACCAUAGACAUUUAUUUGAUAAAGUGCAAAAACUAGUUGCAGGAAAGAAGUUUUUGGCAUUGGGUGCAAUGGGAGAAUUGUUUCAUGUGCUUGUUGUAAGGGUUAAAAAGGUGAGAGGGGCUUCAAUAGAAAUAAGGAGGUCCCUUUUUGAGUUUUUUGUACAGAUUUUGGAUCCUUUACUUCAGACCAUAGAACUCAUUAGCUCCGAGAUUCAAGUGGGAUCGACCUUGUCAGAUGUUCAUUGCUUACUCAAAUCAAUAAAUAAUGUACUUGCGAGUUUUAUGAAGGAAAAGGUGUACUUGAGAACUGAGGAUAAUUCUGAAGGAACUUGCCAUAAUUUCUUAAAAAAGGUGUAUGAUACAAUAAAGUUGAUUUCCUCUCAUUUAUUAUUAUUAUCAAGACUUGAGAUAGAAGACAAUAUAGACCUAGAAGUCUUUGUUUUAACAGCAAAUGAGAUAUUGGUGACUCUUGGUUAUCUUCUGGAAAUCGAAUAUGAUGUGAUUGGGAAUGAUUUGGUGAGCUUAUGGAUGCUGAUCCUUUCUUACUCUGCUUUUAAUGUUUCUUUCACAAGCAUAUCUGAACAACACUCGUUAACAACCAAGAUUCAAGAGCUUGGAUGUCAACUGGUUGUGUUAUAUGGUCAGCUGCGGCAGGUCAACAUCAGUAUUUUUGCUCUAUGUGAAGCUAUGAGGGCAGUGAUAUCAGAUGAAUGUGAAACUGAAAAAGGAUAUGCUAACUUUAUGACUUCUUUAGGCCAUGAAGCUUAUGAGAAAUCAGUUGGGAUGUUACUUUCUUCCCAAGAAAUAAAAUUUGCAAUUCAUAAAGCGAUUAAAUAUAUACCGGAAGGGCAAGCUAGUGGAAUUGUUCAGCAGUUAACUGAGGAUGUGACGAAGACUUUAGGAUGGUUGAAACGGUGUAAUAUGAACUUGAUUAUAAGAAACAAGACGGGGGGAUCAGAUAUGCAAUCUGUGCUUCUUGGGAAAGGGUUAUCUGAAAUAUAUUCUCUGAUGUUGGAUUCACUAAUGAUCACAUCAGGGAAUGCUUCCCAAGUUGGAACUUUGAUUGCGAACUUGGUUUCAGUCAUACGUCCUUGCAUGAGUAGAUUAGUUGGACUAGAGUCAGAUGGUGCCAAAGCAUUCUUCGUUGCUGUCAUGGGAAAAACAUGGGAGAACUUGGUUGCAAAUGAAGAAAAUUGUCUCGGAUCUGGAGUGACUAGUCAUUGGGUCUUUGUUUUCUUCUUUCGCUUGUACAUGUCCUGUCGGAGCCUGUACAGGCAAGUAAUUAGUCUGAUGCCCCCAAGUUUGUCUAGAAAGAUGUCAGCAGCAACUGGAGACUCAUUCAUGGCCUAUUCUGCUUGUGAUUGGAUGCAGAAGACUGAUUGGAGUGAUGAAGGAUAUUUUUCAUGGAUAACUCAAUCUUCAGCUUCUGUUCUUGUUAUUGUUGAAUCUGUUUGUAGUCUUUAUCAUCAAAGCACCAACGUUGGUUGGUACUCUUUAAUUUAUGUCUUGCUUAUCAUGGUUCUUCAGAGGUUAGUGGAUUUGAAUAAGCAAAUAAGUUCUCUCGAGUAUUUGCACCAGAGAAGUGAAAAUUUGAUGCAGGUUGAGGUCCUUAGUGAUGAUGACUUGUCAGUGUUACAGAAAAAGAUAAAAAGGUUUGGAAGGCUUGUCUCUGUUUUGCGAAAAGAAGCAGAAGAUCUUACUGAUUUCAUGAUGGGGCAUUUAUCUUUAGUAGCUAAACGUCGAAUUUUGAAAUCAACCAAAAGCAAUGCAACUUCAAAUGAUAAAUCUACUGAAAUGCUUAGUCAUAUAGAUGAAUGGGACUUUAGUAUUUAUAACGUGAAUAAAAGGUCAUUUCCCACAGCUGUUUGGUGGAUUAUUUGCCAGAAUAUUGAUACUUGGGUGAGUCAUGCUGCUAAAAAGAAGUUAAAAAUGUUUCUUUCUUUCUUAAUUCCUACGGCUCUUCACUUCUUAGCAAGCAAUCAUGCUAAUAUUGGAACACAACAAACCUGUGGAUAUCGGCAGCCAAAGAAAGUGUCUCUGCAACAGAUUUCAUCAGCUGUUCUAAGUGAUCCCAUCUUUUAUGAACACAGAUUUGUACGCAGGUUUAUGCCAUCAAGAUUUUGUCGUGAGUUGAAGUCUUCAUUAUUAUCGUCGUUUCAUGAUUUGAAUAGAAGUUUGGCUGAUUGGAUGGAGGUGAUAGCCACACUCGAGAGAUUAACUAUAGGUGUUUGCAGUGGCAAACGCACUCCUGAUGAUAAUGCUCUCCUUGCAAAAGCAGUUAAUCUUUCUUCUGAUAUGUUACACACAGAAGAUUGCAAGUUGAAGGGUGAUUCAUCUGAAAGCAAUGUGAGAAUUAGAGAUUGUCAGCAUCUGAUUAACCUUUUAUGUCUGAUGCCAAUGGGAAAUAUGAGUUCAAGGUCCUUUUCCCUUUAUACGACUCAUGUUCUUGAACUUGAAAGGAUACUGGUGAAUGCUUUAUUAGAUAAUCAGACUGCUCUAUGUUCAAAUCAAUUUGAACUCCUCAAAUUGUUUGCAUCUUGUCGGAAGGCCUUGAAAUAUAUAUUUAUGGCUUACUGUGAGGCUGAUAAUGGACAGAGCUCAUCUGUUCCAAUUCUAUCUGAAAAUCAAUUUCCUGUUUUAUGGCUUUUCAAGUCUUUGUCUCUUGUUAAUCAAAUUCAAGAAGUCUCUCCAGAAGGUACUGACAGACAAAUUAAGGACAUCAUCUUUUCAUUGAUGGAUCAUACAUUAUACUUGUUUUUAGCAACUAGCAAAUAUCAAUUUAAGGAGGCACUCUGCAUAAUUGUAAAUGACAACAAACCCUCCAAGGAGCAACACCAGGACGUGUGCCAAGAACUAAAUGAUGGGGAUGAUUUAUGUUUAGAUUCCAUUCACAGUGUAGAAGUAUGCAAUAGUGCUAUUCAAAUGAGUAACAGUUUGAAGGAACAGGUGGAGAGUGAACUUAUCUCUCUGAAGAAGUCUAAUUUUCCAAUUGGAGAUUCUAAAAAUAGAGCCGAUAUUUGUAAAUUUAAUUCUCUAGCUUCUUGCCUUAAUGGAUUUUUAUGCGGCCUAGCAUCUGUUGACCAUACUGAUUUGAGGAAUGGUAACCAUCGUAUGAGAUCAAUGAAGUUGAAACGUGAAUAUAGUUCUGAACUGAACAAUUGCAUUAAUUCAAUUUCAGAAUUAUUAGGCCUCAUCUUGGAAAUGUUUCUUGAUAGAGAUAGUCAAUUGCCGAAAAACUUGUGUGAUUAUCAAGCACUUCAAGACCUAGAAUCUUCUUAUUGUGAUGAUGACAGUGAAAAUGUUACCAAAAAAAGGAAAAGGUUGAAAUUGGAAAACAAAAGCAGUUUUGCUUCCAUUCUCAACGAUGCUAAGUCAAUUGAGAUGCAGUUCUUGAAUCAACCCCUUUUGCGAGGUCUGCUGCAAGGUUUCUACCCUGAAGUUAAUUUUGCUCUUAAGCAGCUAUUUCUUGCUGCUUCAAGAAUUCUGAGAUUGCAUAAGCAAUAUGAUACCACUCCUUUGUCAUCGAGUUCUAUGACCAUCCUAAUUGGCAUUUCCAGAUUCUUGUUGCUUGAAUUUGUGGAUAUGGUUGAUGUGCCACAACCAUUUUUGCUUGCAUGCUUAGAUGGUGUUUUAAAGUAUUUGGAGGAAUUAGGCCAUCUGUUUCCUUUUGCUGAUCCCGUGCGGUCCCGAAACCUAUAUUCUGAACUUAUAAAUCUACAUUUAAAAGCUGUUGGAAAGUGCAUUUGUCUACAGGGAAAAAGAGCUACAUUAGCAUCCCAUGAGACGGAGUCCACUACAAAGACUCUUGAUGGAGAAUUUUUUAAAGAAUCAUCUUUUCCUGGAGUCUACUGCAUGGAUGAAUUUAAAGCUUCAUUGAGAAUGUCAUUCAAAGUGUUCAUAAGGGAAGCCACGGAGUUGCAUCUCUUAUCUGCAGUUCAGGCUAUAGAGAGAGCAAUAGUUGGAGUACAGGAAGGUUGUACAUCGAUAUAUGGAUUAUAUUCCGAAAGUGAAGAUGGGGGAAGGUGUUCCUCUAUUGUUGCAGCUGGUGUUGAAUGCUUGGAUUUGGUACUUGAAUUUUUUUCAGGACGUAAAUGCAUGGGUGUGAUUAAAAGACACAUUGAGAGUUUAACUGCUGGUCUGUUGAGCAUAGUUCUACACUUGCAAAGUCCGCAAAUUUUCUAUGUAAGAAUGAUUGCCUUGAAAGAAAGGAGUGAUCCAGAUCCGGGAUCAGUUAUUCUUAUGUCUAUUGAAGUUCUUACAAGAGUUUCAGGGAAGCACGCUCUUUUCCAAAUGAACGUUUGGCAAGUUGCACAGUGCUUACGCAUUCCUGCUGCACUUUUUGAAAAUUUCUCUCUUAAGCUCCCAGGAAUUGCCACUGAAUCAGAAUGCUCGUCGAUCUCAGCUCAGGAAACCUCCUGUGUAGUUGUAACCACGAGUAAUUCUACUAUAGACAAACAAUUCAAAGUAGAUCUUUUUGCUGCCUGCUGCCGCUUAUUAUACACUAUUCUCAAACAUCAUAAAAGUGAGUGCAAGCGUUCCAUUGCUCAACUACAGGCAUCAGUGUCUGUUCUUCUUCAAUCCCUUGAAAGUGUCGAUCCAGACCCGAAAUCUAUGGGUGUUUACUUUUCAUGGAAAGUAGAAGAGGGUGUAAAGUGCGCAUCUUUCCUCCGAAGGAUUUAUGAAGAGAUAAGACAACAACGGGAUAUUGUAGAGCGACACUGCUCCCUAUUUCUUUCGGAUUACAUUUGGGUUUACUCGGGACAUGGUCCCUUAAAAUCUGGCAUUAAAAGGGAAAUCGACGAUGCAUUGAGGCCUGGUGUCUAUGCACUUAUAGAUGCUUGUUCAGCAGAGGAUCUUCAAUACCUUCACACUGUAUUUGGCGAAGGUCCAUGUAGAAACACUUUGGCAACUUUGCAGCAGGAUUACAAACAAUUUUUCCAAUAUGAAGGAAAAGUAUGAUUCUAAUAUAAUACAGAAAUCAUUCUUUUAUAUCUUCAUGAGAAACGAGAGAUUGUAUCCAUAUCAUGCCACAAAAAAACCUCAAAAGGAGUGGCUGUUUGAUUGGAUAACAUUGCCUAACACAGAAUUCUGAGGUAAAGUUAAUGUAUAACACAGAAUGCCUUAACCAUGGCUGAAUAUAUGUGUAAAUAAAAUUUAAAAACUCAGUUUUCCUUUUCCUUUUUUCUAGUAAUGUAAUCUAUUUUAUGUUAUUUUUUACAUUGUAUAUUACAUAGCAGUUUUUACUGCAGUUUUGUCUAAUUAUAAUUUAUAUACCUCUGGGGGUUUGUCAUCGGUCUCUAAAUUGUGAAGUUUAUUUAUUUUCUUCAUUGAAUUGAAUUUUUAUUGCA